UUUCAAGAUCCUGCACCGGGGUUAAAGAGGGAAAAGAAAAGUAUCGGGGGUCCUGCUUUUAACAGUCCAGCGAAUUAAGCCCGAAUACCCCCCGCAAUAGCUCAAAGUUUGAUAGUAGUUAAUAGCGUGCGAAGGCCGCUAGACUGCUGGGGUGCCCUGAAUGGAGAUUCAUAGCAUACGUAGUAGACAAUUUCAGCUCGGUGUUGCCCGGCACAGUGUGGCUACAUGACCCGGACUCCUUCCAAAUUGCAGUAAUGAUCUAUGGCACUAAGCUGUCGGUCUCCACUGGUGUCGUGGGCAGACGGCAGAGUGGAUGCGCUUGUAGGGGAGACAUUAGUCAAUCAAGACGGCGGCCUGUAGAGCGAGACCCAGAAUGGCACCCAACGCCCUGUCACUGGAGUCUCUCUCCGAUGGUCGAUCCAUGGGACGCCACAAUGGUGUCUUGAGAACUUCCCUCCUGGAGUAUAGUGCUUUUUUCGACUUGGCUGGUACGGACUUGGCAAUAUCCCUCGUACGGUACCGUUGAUUCGGCUAGAUUGGCUCCACUAAGAAGAGGAGGGAAGUUCAAGAACACAAAAUGCCCGGUUCAACCUUCUGGCUCGUGUAUUCCCAGCUCAUCUUGUACCCCUUAAGUGACCCCAAGCAAAGUCCCCGGGAUGCUGCAAAAUAAGACCAGGAUCAAUAGCCACAUGGAGAAGCCGGGUGGCUUUCUCAAUCUGGCUUAGAUGAUGUUGAAGAAUGUUCUUCCACGGGUUUCAAAUUGAUGAGACUCGGCCACGACCGUGCUGGUGUGGAUAGUGUCGGUGGAGGCACACAAUCCUAAAGCGGCAUAGGAGUCUUCUGGCACUAGGUAGAC